AUGCUGGCGCCCCGGCUCUGGUGGCUGCUGCUGCUGGCGGAGCUGCUCCCGCCCGCGCCGGCGCAGAAGUUCUCGGCGCUCACGUUUUUGAGAGUCGACCAAGAUAAAGACAAGAAUUGUAGCUUAAACUGUGCGGGCUCGCCUCAGAAACCCCUGUGUGCUUCGGACGGGAGGACCUUUCUGUCUCGAUGUGAGUUCCAGCGUGCCAAGUGCAAAGACCCCCAGCUGGAGAUCGCUUACAGAGGAAACUGCAAAGAUGUGUCCAGGUGUGUGGCCGAGCGGAAGUACACUCAGGAGCAAGCCCGGAAGGAAUUCCAGCAGGUGUUCAUCCCUGAAUGCAGUGAGGAUGGCACCUACAGCCAGGUCCAAUGUCACAGCUACACGGGAUACUGUUGGUGUGUCACACCCAACGGAAGGCCCAUCAGUGGCACAGCGGUGGCCCACAAGACACCUAGGUGCCCUGGUUCUGUAAAUGAGAAGCUGCCACAAAGAGAGGGCACAGGAAAAACAGUCUCCUUGCAAAUCUUUUCCAUUCUGAAUUCAGAUGAUGCGGCCGCUCCGGUGCUGGAGACACAGCCCCAAGGAGAUGAAGAAGAUAUUGCAUCACGAUAUCCCACACUUUGGACUGAGCAAGUGAAAAGCCGACAGAACAAAACGAACAAGAAUUCAGUGUCCUCCUGUGAUCAGGAGCACCAAUCAGCCCUGGAAGAGGCCAAGCAGCCCAAGAAUGACAAUGUUGUCAUCCCUGAAUGUGCACAUGGUGGCCUCUACAAGCCAGUGCAAUGCCACCCCUCCACUGGGUACUGCUGGUGUGUUUUGGUGGACACGGGCCGCCCAAUUCCUGGGACGUCUACGAGGUACGAACAGCCCAAGUGUGACAACACCGCCCGAGCUCACCCAGCCAAAGCCAGGGACCUGUACAAGGGACGCCCACUCCAGGGCUGUCCUGGUUCCAAAAAGAAUGAGUUCCUCACCAGUGUCUUGGACGCACUGUCCACCGACAUGGUCCAUGCCGUGUCUGACCCAUCAUCUUCCAGCAGGUUCUCAGAGCCCGACCCCAGCCACACACUGGAGGAGAGGGUCGUACACUGGUAUUUCAAACUGCUUGACAAAAACUCCAGUGGGGACAUUGGCAAAAAGGAAAUCAAGCCCUUCAAGAGGUUCCUGAGAAAAAAAUCAAAGCCAAAAAAAUGCGUGAAGAAGUUUGUGGAGUACUGCGAUGUGAAUAAUGACAAGUCUAUUUCUGUGCAAGAAUUGAUGGGCUGCCUGGGGGUCACCAAGGAAGAGGCCAAAGGGAGCGCCAGGAAGCGGCACACCCCGAGAGGAAAUGCAGAAAGCCAGACUCUUCGACAGCCGAGGAAGCAAGGAUAA